AUGUAUCCUGGACGAAAAUACGAACAGCAAUACGGUGGAAAACCGAGUAAUUCUGGUUAUCCAGGUUAUCAAGCACCUCCGCCUCAACAACCGGCACUUCAGCCUCUACCACCUGGAUGGUUAUCUCUGUAUGAUCAUGCUAGUCAAAAGUAUUAUUUUGUUAAUCAAGCAACUGGAAUUACACAAUGGGAACCACCUCCACCAAAUCAACAAUACUAUAGUCCACCUUCGCAACCACCUCAAAAUCAACAAUACUAUAGUCCAACUUCGCAACCACCUCCAAAUCAACGAUAUAAUGCUCCUUCACAACCACCUCCAAAUCAACAAUACAAUAAUGCUCCACCACCAUAUCAACAAUCGCCUGGUACAGCCUAUAACCAACCUCAACAAUAUCCGGCCCAAGGCUACGUAAUGUAUCAAAAUCCGAAUAUACCUUCCUCUCCAAAUUAUGUAUUAUCAAAUUGCUGUAUUAAUGACGUUCAAAAUGUAAAAAAGUUCUUGAUUGAAUUAUAUGGAUUCAGUGAAGCUAAUAUGUUGAUCUUAACGGAUGAUCAGAAAGAUCCUACAAGGCGUCCUCUUAGAGGAAAUAUUAUAGCUGCAAUGCAUUGGCUUGUACAAGAUGCAAAACCAAAUGAUUC